AUGAAAGGUGAGGAUGUGAGACUUAUGCUAUGGGAUACUGCAGGUCAAGAAGAAUUUGAUGCCAUAACUAAAGCUUAUUACAGAGGAGCACAAGCCUGCGUUUUAACUUUCUCUACAACGAAUAGAGACUCUUUUGAAGCUAUUCAUUCGUGGAAAUUAAAGGUAGAAGAUGAAUGCGGAGAAAUUCCAACAGUUUUAGUACAGAAUAAAAUUGAUUUAAUUGACCAAAGUGUCGUAGAACCGGAAGAAGUUGAACGUCUUUCUCAAUCCCUAGGAUGUAAACUUAUAAGAACAUCCGUUAAAGAAGAUAUCAACAUAAAUUCUGUUUUCAGAUAUUUAGCAGCAAAAUGUUUAUCUGAAAUUCACGAACAAGAAAAAGAAUAUAGUAUUGGUAAUGGAAUUUCUCCCUUCACCAUCAAUGCAUUUGGAAGUCCCACCGUAAACGGUAAAAAUUGUCGAAACGGAAAUAGCACAAUAAUUUUGCAACCAGGUAAAAAAAAUCAAAGAAAAAAGAAAAAUAUAUUUAAAGGUUCUUGUAGAUUAUUGUGA